UGUGUUUGAUGAUCUCAGUGGCUCAGUAUCCUUGUCCUGGGUUGGAGAUAGCACUGGGAUCGUUCUGGUCUUGACUACCUUCCAUGUACCGCUGGUAAUUAUGACUUUUGGACAGUCCAAGCUAUAUCGAAGUGAGGACUAUGGAAAGAACUUUAAGGAUAUUACAAAUCUCAUCAAUAAUACCUUCAUUCGGACUGAAUUUGGCAUGGCUAUUGGUCCUGAGAACUCUGGAAAGGUGAUUUUAACAGCAGAGGUGUCUGGAGGAAGUCAUGGAGGAAGAAUCUUCAGAUCAUCAGAUUUCGCAAAGAACUUUGUUCAGACCAAUCUCCCUUUUCAUCCUCUGACUCAGAUGAUGUACAGCCCUCAGAAUUCUGAUUAUCUUUUAGCCCUUAGCACUGAAAAUGGCCUAUGGGUGUCCAAGAAUUUUGGGGGAAAAUGGGAAGAAAUCCACAAAGCAGUAUGUUUGGCCAAAUGGGGAUCAGAAAACAUCAUCUUCUUUACAACGUAUGUGAAUGGCUCCUGCACUGAUCUUGGAGCGCUGGAAUUAUGGAGGACUUCAGACUUGGGGAAAAGCUUCAAAACCAUUGGUGUGAAAAUCUAUUCAUUUGGUCUUGGGGGACGUUUUCUUUUUGCCUCUGUAAUGGCUGAUAAGGAUACAACAAGAAGGAUUCAUGUCUCAACAGAUCAAGGGGACACAUGGAGCAUGGCCCAGCUCCCCUCUGUGGGGCAGGAACAGUUCUAUUCUAUCCUAGCAGCUAAUGAUGACAUGGUAUUCAUGCAUGUAGAUGAACCUGGAGAUACUGGAUUUGGCACAAUCUUUACGUCAGAUGAUCGAGGUAUCAUCUACUCCAAGUCCUUGGACCGACAUCUCUAUACCACCACAGGCGGCGAGACGGACUUUACCAACGUGACCUCCCUCCGGGGCGUCUACAUUACAAGUGUGCUCUCAGAAGAUAAUUCUAUCCAGACUAUGAUUACUUUUGACCAAGGAGGAAGGUGGAAGCACCUGAGGAAGCCUGAAAACAGUGAAUGUGACGCCACAGCAAAAAAUAAGAAUGAGUGCAGCCUCCAUAUUCACGCUUCCUACAGCAUCUCCCAGAAAUUAAACGUUCCAAUGGCCCCUCUCUCAGAGCCCAAUGCCGUUGGCAUAGUCAUUGCCCAUGGUAGUGUGGGAGAUGCCAUCUCAGUGAUGAUCCCGGAUGUGUACAUCUCACAUGAUGGGGGUUACUCCUGGACGAAGAUGCUGGAAGGACCCCACUAUUAUACCAUCCUGGAUUCCGGAGGCAUCAUUGUGGCCAUUGAGCACAGCAGCCAUCCUAUCAAUGUGAUUAAGUUCUCCACAGAUGAAGGCCAGUGCUGGCAAACCUACAUGUUCACCAGGGAGCCCAUCUACUUUACAGGCCUCGCUUCGGAACCUGGAGCGAGGUCCAUGAACAUCAGCAUCUGGGGCUUCACAGAAUCUUUCCUGACUCGCCAGUGGGUCUCUUACACCAUCGAUUUUAAAGAUGUCCUUGAAAGGAACUGUGAAGAGAAGGACUAUACCAUAUGGUUGGCUCACUCCACGGACCCUGGAGAUUAUGGAGAUGGUUGCAUUUUAGGUUAUAAAGAACAGUUUCUACGGCUACGCAAGUCAUCUGUCUGUCAGAAUGGCCGGGACUAUGUUGUGACCAAGCAGCCAUCCGUCUGCCUCUGCUCCCUGGAAGACUUCCUCUGUGAUUUUGGCUACUUCCGUCCAGAAAAUGACUCCAAGUGUGUGGAACAGCCAGAGCUGAAGGGCCACGACCUAGAGUUUUGUCUGUAUGGCAGAGAGGAGCACCUGAUAACAAACGGGUACCGGAAAAUUCCAGGGGACAGGUGCCAAGGUGGAGUGAAUCCAGCUCGAGAAGUAAAAGACUUGAAAAAGAAAUGCACAAGCAACUUUUUGAAUCCAGAAAAGCAGAAUUCCAGGUCAAAUUCUGUUCCGAUUAUCCUGGCCACUGUGGGACUGAUGCUGGUCACAGUUGUAGCAGGAGUGCUCAUUGUGAAGAAAUAUGUCUGUGGGGGAAGGUUCCUGGUACAUCGGUACUCUGUGCUACAGCAGCAUGCAGAGGCCAACGGUGUGGAUGGCGUGGAUGCUUUGGACACAGCCUCCCGCACUCAUAAAAGUGGUUAUCAUGACGACUCAGAUGAGGACCUCCUGGAAUAGCUCCUCAAAGGACCUGGGACUGAGCGUGGAUGAUGGAACCGCAGUACCUCUUAACACUCCCUGUGGCUCCGACUUAGGGAAAUAAAUUUCCCAUUGCAAGGGACCCAGCUUUGUUUCUGCUGCUUCCGUCAAAGCCAGAAGGACCUCCACUAAAGAAAUGUAGGGGGCGGGCGAGGGCGCAAAACCCUAAAUGCUCUUACAAUUGGCUCUGAGAAGAAGGGAAAUUUUUAAUUCUUUAACUUCUUAUUUCAAGUUCUGUCUUUUUGCAAAGUAUGGGGUCUUUUGGUUUGGUUUUGUUUUUUAAGGGAAAUGAAAUGGAAUUUAAAGGGAACGUUUUGCUAA